AUGGUCGCAGAGCUCGUGCGUCUGCGCUUCGCAGACGGAGACGUAAAACGCCGACUUGAAGCGGCUCAGACCAAAACCGAGACUGCUCUAGCUUGGCAAUACUUUGCAAGUGUGCUGUCGCAGUCUUUGGGAGUCGUCAUCAACAGAGAUCAGGUGAUGCAUCGCCAUAACGUUUCACAAAAGUAUCGGAAGUUCAAAUGCAUCUAUCGCAAGGAGAAGAGAGAAGAAGGAAAGACCGGCAACUGUGCUCGUUCUCUGCGUGAAAUUGACGACGGUCUGUGGAGUAUUUUGCACGACGCCUUCUCUGGCAAGGUCGGCAUAAGUGGUGAGGUGCUGCUGGACUCCCAUCUCGAUGGCGGGGAGAGCGACAGCUCUGUGUUGUCUCCAAUUGAGAACGAUGGAUUGGGAAGCCUAGCCGCAACACUAGAACGGCACCACGAGGAAACUCGACGUUUUCAAGCUAUUCAAUUGCAGCUAUUGCAACAACUUUUAGCGCGUAAAAACGCAUAA